AUGUGCACUUUCAAACGCAAAAAAAAAAACGAAGAUGAUAUACUAAGAAACCAAAUCAGUUUACAUGGAACUGAAAAUUGGGCGAUCAUUGCAUCAAAGUUUACUGAUAAGAGUACAAGACAGUGUAGAAGAAGAUGGUAUACAUACUUAAACUCUGAUUUCAAGAGAGGAGGCUGGUCUCCUGAAGAAGAUACACUUUUGUGUGAGGCACAGAGAUUGUUUGGGAAUAGAUGGACUGAGAUAGCAAAAGUGGUCUCAGGCAGAACGGAUAAUGCAGUGAAGAACAGGUUCACUACUCUAUGUAAGAAGAGAGCUAAGUAUGAAGCCAUGGCUAAAGAGAACAGGAUUGCUUCUUGUGUGAACUCAGUAAGCAACAAAAGAAUGUUGUUACCAGAGGGUAUUAGUACACCGCGAAAAGCCGAAAGUGAAUCCCCUCUUGCUAAGAAGAUGAGGAGAAGUCACAAUCCAGAUCUUACAGAGAUCAAAAGCUAUGGGGAUAGAUCACAUAUAAAGGUUGAUUCGGGUGCGAAUCAGCAGAUAAGACCUCCAUUUUCGGUACUAGCUCACAAUGCCGCAAGAAUCGAUAGCACGGAGGAGCAGAAUCAAACAGGCAAUGAGAAAGAGAAUGAUGGUGAGGCUAAAAGUACUCAAGAGGUGUUUCUUAAGAAGGACGAUCCAAAGGUGACAGCUUUGAUGCAACAAGCUGAGCUUCUCAGUUCAUUGGCCCAAAAAGUUAAUUCAGACAACACAGAACAAAGCAUGGAGAAUGCCUGGAAGGUCCUGCAGGAUUUCUUGAAUAAAAGCAAAGAGAAUGACUUAUUCAGAUACGGAAUACCAGAUAUCGAUUUCCAACUUGAUGAAUUUAAGGAUCUUGUUGAGGAUUUGAGUAGUAAUGAUGAUAGUCAAGCAUCUUGGAGGCAACCUGAUCUCCAUGAUUCACCAGCAAGCUCUGAAUAUAGCUCAGGAUCAACGAUAAUGCAGAAUCCUUCCGGUGAUAAAACCCAGCAACCCAUGUCUGAUUCUCAGACAACAACACAUGAACAAAAUGGUGGGGAGUUACUACAAGAUAAAGGGAUUGUGUCUGAUGCAAGUGUGGAACAAGCUGAUUUACUCUCAACUUCACAGUAUUUCCUAAAGAACCCGAAUGAGAUUGUGCCUAUGUCGGGUGAUGAAGAGUUUAACUCUCCUGUUCAGGUCACUCCAUUGUUCAGAUCUCUAGCAGCAGGCAUACCAAGCCCACAAUUCUCUGAAAGUGAAAGGAGCUUUCUGCUAAAAACACUCGGUGUCGAGUCACCAUCUCCAUAUCCAAGUGCUAAUCCUUCACAACCACCCCCUUGCAAAAGAGUCCUUCUCGAUAGCUUGUGA